ACAACAUCCAACCUAACAAACAUGUCCGACUUGUGACUGUGAAUCAGUACUUCAGUAGAACGCGAAUUGUUGCUACUAACGAUAUGAUAUCGUUCUUUUCCAAACUCUCUCUGAAUAACUCACAGAAACCACCGGUGGAGCUCGCAAAACCAGCUUAUAUGGACAAAAGUGCGACUCUACAGGAGCUAGGUUACAGAGAUGAGAACGACUUGAAAGAGACAAUAUACGACUUUUUGCGGACGAUACGGGAUCCCGAAAAGCCGAGUACUCUCGAGGACUUGAAGGUGGUUUAUGAAGAAGGAAUCUUUGUGAAGGAGCCUACAGCUGACAAAGUUCCAGUGUUACGUGUUGAAUAUAAUCCGACAGUGCCUCAUUGUUCGCUGGCGACGCUCAUAGGACUGUGCAUAAGGAUCAAAAUACAACGCUCGAUACACCAUCCAGUGAAACUGGACAUUUAUAUCAAGAAAGGCGCUCAUACGACCGAAGAUGAAAUCAACAAGCAAAUCAACGACAAAGAGAGGAUCGCCGCCGCAAUGGAGAAUCCGAACUUAAGAAAUCUAGUAGAGAACUGUAUAGCCGACGAAGAAUAAUAACUUACCACAAUGGCGCCCGAUGCCGCAUUCUCAAACAUAAGCGACAAAAAAUGAAUUUACCAAGUUCACUAAAUUCCUAGCGUACAAAGGCGUCCAAGUUAUAGUAGAAUCGAGGA